AUGGCGUCCUCCCUCACCUCACGGUGCAUCGCAUCGUCUUCACGACAGACCCUUACACCGUCGAUAGCCACCCGAUGCACAACGACUCUCCCACCUCGAUCUCAGCGCCGAUCUCGACCGAACGCCCGUUUCUCCUCCUCCAGCACCGCCGCAGCACCCACCGACCUGAUCACCGAACUGCAAUCGCGCGGCCUCGUGCAAACGCUCACGUCCCGGGCGCUCUCCUCGCACCUCGCGUCCGCCCCGCGCGUGGUCUACUCGGGCGUCGACCCCUCCGCCGACUCGCUUCACGUGGGGAACCUCCUCCCGCUCCUCACGCUGGCGCACUUUGCGCGCUUCGACCACACGCCCAUCGUCCUCGUCGGCGGUGCGACGGGCAGCAUUGGUGAUCCGAGUGGACGCAGUAGCGAGCGCAAUGCGCUAGACGAAACGACGUUGCAGCGCAACGUCGAGGGGAUUACGACGCAGUUGCGGGUGUUCUUUGAUAACGUUGCCGCGUUCUACCGCGAGCAAGGCGAAUCGAUCCAAUCCGCGACAGGGUCAGAGGAGGGAGGGGUCGAGUUGGGGAUGGGUGUGAAACUCAUGAACAACUACACCUGGAUGAGCGGCAUUUCGCUGCUCACCUUCCUCGGUGAGGUGGGUCGACAUGCGAGGUUGACCCAAAUGCUAGCACGAGAUUCCGUCGCUUCCCGCCUCACCACCACCGGUCUAUCCUACACCGAGUUCAGCUAUCAGCUACUGCAGGCGUACGACUUUUCCUUCCUGCACUCCAAGCAUGGGUGUACCAUCCAGGUGGGCGGCUCGGAUCAGCUAGGCAACAUCACGGCGGGGAUCGAUCUCAUUCGUCGAACCCACUCCUCCAGCCUCGCUGAGGAUCCAGCGUACGGGUUGACCCUGCCGCUGUUGACCACGCAUACCGGGGAGAAGUUCGGCAAGUCCGCUGGCAACGCGGUCUGGUUGAGUGCGCGGAAGACGUCCGAUUUGGAUUUUUAUCAGUUCUUCCUGAGAUCCGGCGACGAUGAUGUCGGCAAGUAUCUGCGGUGUUUGACCCUUCUCAGUCCCCAAGAGGUGGACGGGGUGAUGAAGGAGCACGAAGCGGAUCGAAAGGCGAGAAGCGCGCAGAGGAAGCUAGCGGACCACAUGACGCGCUUGAUCCGUGGCAAGGGCGCCAUGGACAAGUGUCGAGUGUUGACAAGGGUGUUGUUCUCGCAUUCAACGCAAUACGGAGGGGUGAGGGAUGGGGAGAGUGCAGCGAAGGAGGCUCUAGCGGAACUGGAGGUGGAACACAUCACGCAACAGGACAAUGUCUUGACCCGACUCGAAAUGGACCAGGUGGUAGGGGCGGAUGUGACGAGGUUGGUGGUGAGCGCGGGACUGGUUAGGAGCAGGGGUGAGGCCAAGAGGUUGUUGAGCAGCGGUGGGCUGUAUGUGAACAACAGGCAGGUUGGGUUGGGGGGUGAGGUGGUAGAGGGGGAUUUGGUGGAGGUGAAGGGUGGGGAGGGGAGAGUGUGCUUGUUGAGGGCGGGGAAGUCGGCGGUUAGGGUUGUGUUCGUCAAGUGA